AGAACGACAGAUUUGUACCUUGUCAGCUCGGGGGUUUGAACUUGCAACCUUGCUAGUUCAACGCUCUAACCACUAGGCUACCCUGCCGCCCCAAUUAUCUUGAUGGCGUUAUGGAAACAGGUUUUAUUGGCUAAAUUUGGAAACUCAUAUCUUGCUGAAAAAAAUAGAAAUGUCUCGUUUUCAGGCCUUUUGGGCGGGUUUUGAGACAUCGUUGUUUAGACAUUUGAUUUUGACCCUGGCAACCCUGCGUAGGAGGUUACUUUACCUGUGUUCAGGUAGACAAAGUCGCAUCGGAAUAAGAGCUUUCGACUCUUUGUUUGCUUGAGUAGUUAGGAUAAAUCUAUGUGUUCGGAUUUAGACUAUAUGUAAGGUUGUCGUCCAUCAUUUAGUUUGUAAAUUUGAAACAAUCCCGGAGCAUUCCAGAUGGAAUGAUAUCUGGAACGUGUACUUUCACUUUUACUUACGAGCAUACAGGACUGUCAAACUCGGACCGAAGGAAAUGGCAGGUAGCUUUUUUGGGAAAGUUAUACUGCUUUUGGUUUAUUUUCUCGUGGAGGUGACAGGUGAACAGCAGUAUGGUGGCCUGGGAAGAGAGAUCACCCUGACCCCCAAGGUCUCAGGUCAGCCUGAGGACAUCCUGUGGAAACACAAUGGGAACAAGGUGGUGGAGUUUGAUAGGAGUCAGAAUGUUGAGUAUGGCAGGUAUAAAGGCAGGACCAUCCUGGACUGGGACUCUGGAGCGCUAACUAUCAAAGGUCUCACUGAUGCAGACAGUGGGCCCUAUGAGUUAGAGGCUGUCGUCAAGGGCAAGCUGCAGUACUCUCAACAUAAGGUGGGGGUUAUUGAUGAUGUGGCACAGCCCAGUGCAACCUGUGUGGUUGACACCACAACCCCAGAGAACAUGGACAGAACCCUGCUGUGCUCAGCUGACCUCCAGCCCCUGACCCAGUUCAUCUGGAGGAGUCCUGAGGGGUCAGAGAGUCCUGGACCUGAACUGUUCAUACCUGGGGGGGAGAACCAGGAUUCUGAGAACCAGGAGUCUAUCUACACAUGUGUGGUGAAAAACCCUGUUAGUGAGAAAAGUGCAGAGUUCACCCUGAAGAACUGCUACACUGAGGAAGGCUCAUCCAGUGUCCUGGCUGUGGUCCUGUCCAUUCUCCUUCUCCUCGUCUUAGUUGCUGUUGUGGCAUUUCUCUUGUGGUACUACUGGAGGAAAUGCAAGAAACCUGAAGCUGCACCGAGAAAAUCUGAAGAAGAGAAAGGACUGGUGGAAGAUACAAUACAAGUGACAGACACAGAGCAUGUACAGGACAAUUGGACCAACCCAGGCCAACAAGUCCUAGUCACACCAGACCCUACCCCUGCCCAACAAGACCUAGUCACAGAAGACCCCACCCCUGCCCAACAAGACCUAGUCACAACAGACCCUACCCCUGCCCAACAAGACCUGGUUUCAUAG